AUGGAUAUUUCCGGAAACGCUUUGGUAGUUGGCGGAGGAAGCGGUAUUGGCAAGGCUUGUGCUCUCCUGUUUGCUAAAGAAGGCGCUGCCGGAGUGAUGGUUGCCGACAUUAGAAUCGACGCCGCCGCUGAUGUUGUAGCCGAGUGCAAAGCUGUGGCUACAAACCACCAGUUCCAUGCAGAGGCAAUCCAGGUCGAUAUUACUCGAGAAGACUCAGUCCGUGGGCUUGUUGGUCGGAUGGUUCAUGUCUUCAACCGCAUGGACUACUGCAUUAAUUGCGCCGGUAUUGGCGUUCAGAAGGCGGUAGAUAUUGCAGGGAUGCCUUUAGUAGAAUUCCAGCGGUUUCUCGACAUAAACACCGUAGGUAUGUUCCUAGUGACACGGGAGGCGUCUAUAGCGAUGCGGGCUCAAGAGCCUCGGGUCGUAUCAAAAUCCUCGCCUGGUCGAGGAACCACACGAGGUGCCAUUGUCAAUCUCGGUUCGGGAUCUUCCAUGAUCGCCACUCCAGGUGUUCUUCCCUAUACCGCAUCUAAACACGCAGCACUUGGACUGAGUAAAAACAGCGCUCUUGAUAAUGCAUCUCAUGGCAUUAGAGUCAACUGCGUUUGUCCUUCGUGGACAGAUACUCCCAUGGUGCGGGCGGCUAUGAGUGGCGUGGAGGGUCUAGCCGAAUUGAUCGACGCUGCAGUGCCUAUUGGUCGAAUCGCAAUGGCUGAGGAGAUAGCAGAUGCCGUAAUCUUCCUGUGUAGCCCAAGAUCUAGCUAUGUGACUGGCUGUGGGUUUCUUGUUGAUGGCGGAACAACUCUGACAGCACUGAGAUGA